AUGUCCGGGGAUACUCUCUUCAAGCGCAUACCCUGUCAAAUCGAUUUUUGCAGCCCUCGCAGCCAAUCUUGUGGCCACUCGAGAGAAGCGAACACGGAGCUGAAGUACUGCUGGCGUAGGCACACCGUUGCCGCCGCCAAUCAUUCUCGGCAACAUGACCGAAGCGCUCAAGAGCUGCAGGCCAACCAUAUAGGCGGUCUUGCGUGUGCUACCCGUUGUGGCGCUGCAGGCUCUAGACCCGAGACUCGCCCUCAAUCCACCCGGACGUUUGCACCAGAGUCGUCUGAUCGCAUCAUGAACGUGUGGGCUUCUGACCCCUCCGCCCAGACACCGCUUCCACUCGGUCUGCGUCCGGCGCCACCUAAACGUGGCCGCCCGGCAAAAGAUGCCACGCCUCUUUGGACAGAUGCAGCAAUGCAAGAGCUGUCCACCAUUCGUCUAACGAAUACUGAUGGAACAGCUGCAAAGCCAAACUUCCACAAGGCUAGAAACUCGGUCGAGAUAGGUGCAGCUUGGAUUCUGGUGGCCAAUAUACUGAGCAAAAGCCAAAGCAGAACAUACACUGUCUCGCAGUGUAAAGAGAAGAUUAAGUGGCUGCGCUGCAAGUGGGCUUUGUAUCGAGAAGGCCGCUCCGAGACGGGUAAUGUGCCAAGAGCACAAGAUCCUCCUUGUCUCGAAUUAAUGAUGGAGCACUGGGCUCCUCGUGAAGGGAUGCAGAAUACGGCGCUCUGCGACGCAGGGACAACGCACUCGGAUGAGGGCGACAGCAGUAGAGCCGAAGGGGAGACUAGCAGCACGCGAACCAGCAAGCGCACUUGCUGA